CUCGGCCUGGAGGCGGGGCGAGCGGUCGCUUCCGGUUCCGGGCGCAGAGGCCCCACGUGUUCCGACCCGCUGGGCCCCGCGCGACUCGGAUCCCGCUCCGCUCUUUCGGCCGGGAGUGGGUGGGGGAGCACCGGGCAGGGGAGGAGCCGCUGGAGCCGCGGGAGACGGAAAGAUAUGAACAAAUGGCUCUUCACCCCCAAGUAAAGUAUUGAUGACAAACCAAAAAGGAAAUAAUUCCACCCGAAUGGAGUUCGGUGAUCUGGUCCCAUAGGAGGAACCCCUUGAGGUACCCAGUCUGAAAUACGUUAAUGCCAGUGUGAGGGCUAAAUGGUGUGAUAACACCCAAGAGCCAGGAAAUGGCAACAACCUUGGAGCCAGAGGACCAAGAUCUUUGGGCAGAAGAAGGAGUCCUGACGGUGAAACUGGAGGAUGAUUUCACCUGCGGGCCAGAGUCUGCCUUGCAGGGGGAUGACCCUGUGCUGGAGACCUCUCACCAGAACUUCCGACGGUUUCGCUACCAGGAAGCAUCCAGCCCUCGAGAAGCCCUCAGCAGACUUCGAGAGCUUUGCCAUCAGUGGCUGCGGCCAGAGAGGAGAACAAAGGAGCAGAUCCUUGAGCUGCUCGUGCUGGAACAGUUCCUCACCGUCCUGCCUGGAGAACUGCAGAGCUGGGUUCGAGGCCAACGGCCAGAGAGUGGCGAGGAGGCAGUAACACUGGUGGAGGGUUUGCAGAAACAACCCAGGAGACCAAGGCGGUGGGUAACCGUCCACGUUCAGGGCCAGGAAGUCCUGUCAGAGGAGACAUUACACCUAGGGGUGGAGCCGGAGUCCUCCAGUGAGCAACAAGAUCCAACACUGAUCUUGACCCCUGAGCAGCCCCACGAGGAAGCCCUCCACAGCACAGAUCUGGGGACACCGGAACAGGAGAGCUUGCAGCUUGAAGGGGAGCACCAGCUUCUGCAGGAGAGUGAGGUUCCAGUGUCCCAGGACCUAGACCUUCCUACAGAACAAGGGUCUGGACACUCAGAUAUGGUUGCUCUUCUCACUGCUCUGUCUCAGGGACUGGUCACAUUCAAGGAUGUGGCUCUGUGCUUCUCCCAGGAUCAGUGGAGCGAUCUGGAUCCAACACAGAAAGAGUUCUAUGGAGAAUAUGUCUUGGAAGAGGACUGUGGAAUUGUGGUGUCUCUGUCAUUUCCAAUUCCCAGACUAGAUGAUACCUCCCAGAUUAGAGAAGAGCCUCAGGUCCCAGAUGUCCAUGAGUCUCAAGAGCCUGCAGAACCAGAAAUCCUGAGUUUUACCUAUACAGGAGAUAUGAGUGAAGAUAAGGAAGAAAGUGUUGAACAUGAAAAUACACAUAAGUCUAUUUUGGCAGACCCAGAAGUUCACCAGACUCCAGAUUGGGAAAUAGUUUUUGAGGAUGAUACAAGUAGACCUACUGAAAGAUUUGGUACAAAUGUUCCUCAAGUUAAUAGUGUCACAAAUAUUAAGGAAACUAUGCCUGUCCACUCCCUGGUAGCGAGGCAGCAUCACUGCCCUCUAUGUGGAAAAAGCUUUACAUGUAAUUCUCACCUUAUUAGACACUUGAGAACUCACACAGGAGAAAAACCCUAUAAGUGUAUGGAGUGUGGGAAAAGUUACACACGGAGCUCACAUCUUGCCAGGCACCAGAAAGUCCAUAAGAUGAACACUCCUCAUAAAGAUCCUCCAAACCGGAAGACUGUGGAUGUCCAGUCUGAGGUCGCUACCCGAGUGGAAAAACCAUAUAGCUGUGAUGAUUGUGGAAAACAUUUCCGUUGGACUUCAGACCUGGUCAGGCAUCAGCGGACACAUACAGGAGAAAAACCUUUUUUCUGUACUAUUUGUGGCAAAAGCUUCAGCCAGAAAUCUGUGUUAACAACACACCAAAGAAUCCAUGCUGGAGGCAAGCCCUACUCAUGUAGGGACUGUGGCGAGGACUUCAGUGACCACAGACAAUAUCUGAUACACCGGAAGACACACGUGUCUGAUGAGCUCUAUCUCUGCAGUGAAUGUGGGCGCUCCUUCAGCCACAGUGCAGCAUUUGCCAAGCACCUAAAAGGCCAUGCUUCAGUGAGGAACUGCCGGUGCGAUGAAUGUGGUAAAAGCUUUAGCAGGAGGGAUCACCUCGUCAGACAUCAACGGACACACACUGGGGAAAAGCCUUUUACCUGCACUACCUGUGGGAAAAGCUUCAGCAGAGGGUAUCAUUUAAUCAGGCAUCAGAGAACCCACACAGUAAAGACCUAGCUAGGGGCCAUGUGUGGAGAGCUUAACUCAGCCAUCAACUGGGAUGGGAUGGGUUCUGUGGUCAACCUGAGAAGACCUUUUCUGAGGUAUCUCUUUGAUCUGCCCAUACCUUAUGUCACCUCUUCCAACUACCAAACAAAAGCCCCAUCCAGAACUUCUCAUCUUUUCUCAGUUGAGGCUUCUACUUCACUGGCACGGUUCUGCCUGUACCUCAUGGGUGUGAAGUAAGAGAUUUGGGACUUUAAGAAAUUUGGGUUGUUACAUUUUGAGAAACCUAGGCUGUUCUAGAUCUUGAAGACUACUUACCAGCCUCAACUUCAGUGUGGUCAAGGAUAAGUCCUUAGAUCUGAUAAGAGACCAACCUAAAGGGGUCUGUCCUUACUGGGCUCAAACCUUAAAGCACACAGCCCUACACGCAAAAGGUUUGUGUCCUGACAGAUAUGCCACACUCUGAUGGAAUACCUACAGCUUCCUCACUAACUCGCCUCUGCACUGUACACUUUCUUUUGAUGCUGGAGACAAAGGGGAAGAGUGUUAAAGGACAAAUCCUUAAAGCUGCUUCACAAGGAUUUUGGCAGGCUGCCCCCUUCCCAAUUGUCAGAAUGAUACCAAGUGCCACACACUGCUACAAAAACGGGCUUAAGAAAAAGCCUCUUGGGGUGCACCACCCCUGUCUAAAUACUCCUGUCUUUAGCUUUUCUACUAUUCAGCCACUAUCAGUUUGUCCCUUACAUGCCUACUGAAAGAGAGAUGUAGUCCUAGAGGGCUGAAGAAUUCAGUAAAGCAAAAUUAAGUCAUGGUGAAAUCCAUUACAUUCCCACAUGAGGCUUAAGCCUGUCCUUCAUUUGGCUUGUGAGAGGGACUCUGAAGCUUUGUCAAUGUAGAAAGGCACUGUAGCCAGUGCAGAAUCGAAAUUGACUGGGUCACUUCAUUUACAUGAGGGGAACUAGAGAAGAUAUAAAACCACUUCGGAAGAAUAUGAAACAGCUGUUGCCACUGGCUAAGACUAUUAGGAUUAUUCUGACAUCUAGUCCUUUGUAUCCCUGCCUGGAACCGUAGUACUUGGAACUCUGAGAGGUCAUCAGAAGUAAAUGGAUUUUUAUGUGUCUGUGUUAUUUGGUUUUUCAUACGUAAUUUCAUUGUCAUAUAACUGUGAACUAAAAAGUAUCUCCUGGUGACCCAAGGGUCCUUAACCUGUUUGAGGUUCCCAGGAGGCUGAAAAUUUACAAACCUCACAUGUCUGAUCAUCUGGAAAGGACUGGGGACAGAUACUCCGUAAGCAGAGCACAGGAUGUGGGAUUAAAGCAUGCGAAGGCAGACAGACAUCUGUGCCUGGUCUCUUCUGCUUUUUCACAAUCGCAGAGGAAUAUGGUGGAUUAGCAGCGCAUCUUCCCAGCCCUAGCCUCCCAUAGGAAAAUUCUCUCCUGAUGGACUAGUUGAGUUUUAAUGCCAGUCAGUCAUUGUCAUGAAGUUAUAUAAGAAGUAAAUAAAGUGAUAAUGUGUAGCCAAGUGCCCCAAUUUACAUUUUGCCCAUUUACUUUCUAGAACUUCGGGUUUCUAAUUCCUCUGAACGAUAUUCCUGCUAUAACUAAAUAGAUUGGAAGAACAAAGUUUUUUCCACAAGAGUGAAGGCUUGGAGUGGUUGGCAUAGCUCUGGGUAGAAUGUAUCCACAAAUGGCCAGGCCUGGAAUUUGUACAAGAGACUAAUUCUAGCAUUUUUCAGCCAUGUAUUUAAAGUGUAAGCAGAAUUUGUCCUGUGAGAAAGCUAGUCUAGCUCAUACUAAUCUCUUGAGCAUAGAAUACUCUAGAAAAGGAAUUGGCUUUUCUCUAAUUUGUUUGCUUGAUUUGGAAGUGAAAAUCUGUCAAGACAAUUCUCCAGAAGAAAACUUUGAAACUGAUGUAGUUAGGUGAAAUGGCAUUUCUAUUGCUAUUCCUGCAGUUUUCUAUGCUGACAAUCUGCCACUGGUCCCUUUUGUAAAUUACUGUGUUUUCUAAGAAUCCUACAAAGAUGCCCAAGCUCCCAAGUCUGAACACAGGUGGAGCAUCAGGGCUAGUUAUGGUACCUCAGAUGAGGAAACAGCAUUUCCACUGACCCUAGGACCAAGCAUAGAGUGUUUAUUCCCCAAGGCCUGCUUCUACGAAUAGUGAAGUCCUGGUGUCCUUUGUAAGGAUAAAAUGCAUGUUUUUAACAUGUGGAGGGUGCUCUAGUCUACUAAACUAAACAAUGUGCAAAUUGUUGGAGAAUAUGUGUAGAUUAGAAAUAAUCAAGAAUCAUUCAACUUUGCCACCAGAAAGUACCAAGAGUGCAAAUAAAGUAUGCUCCAAAUUAGAAGCUCAGGAAUUCAUAUGAAUUCCAUGGAAAUUUUUGAAAAUUGUGUUAGCAUCAAGUUAGUAGAGCCAAAACCUACAUUAAAGAGUUGCUGCCUCCAGACACCAAGUCAGGUGGUAGAUUUAAUAAAAUGUGUUUUAUUUCCACUAAGUGAAAAAACACAGCAUGUUCCAACCAUGUCUGACAUGGCAGACAUCGGUUGCAGGCCUUUCUGCUGGGCCUCUAGAUUACCCCACUGCAAGAGAAAGUGGGAUAUUUAUUAGAUGUAUUUUAGAGAAUAUUUUCAUUAACCAGGCUUCCAGAAAUGACAAUCCACAUGAAAGUAAAUAGAGGCCCAUGAUGGCUUUGUGGAACAAAAGCAAGGCAGAAAUAGCGACUGGUGGCCUGCUUUGCAGAUUAGUUAAUUCUGCAGCCUUCCACACCAGUGUUUUAUUAGCACAUAAACAUACUGAACCGUUCACUAUGACAUCAUUUGCGUAGAUGAUGUAUUUUGAUCACAAUGAUGUUCUGUCCCACUCCUGCUAAACCCUGUCUUUUCUCAGCCCCCAUCUCACUUUCAUGACUGGGAGUGGGGCAUCCCCAAUGAAUUUGAUCAGAGUGGUUUUAGGAACAUGCAUACCUUAGCAGUGUCUCUGCUCCAUCACCCACUAAAUAUAGAUUUUUACUUAGGAAGCAGCAGAAGCCCAAAAGUCCCUCUCCAUUCCGUGACAGAGUAUUGGCAGGCCAAGCUUGUGCAAGUAAUCACAUGCUGUGAGUUUAAGAGUGCAACAGGCACUCAUUCCAGUAGGUCAGUUGGCCAAACUACUACCACCAGUCCUUGGCACAUACAUUUAUUCUGCCUCUUUUGUGAUGUGCUGAGUCGUGGAAGCAAGGUGUAGCUGAAUCAUUUAUGCAUGGCAUUCAACAGUUAUUGAAUUUUCCAUACUUUUGAUCAAGUAUGAGUUGGUAAAGCUCUGAAAAAAAAAACUUGAAAGUAGCACUAACAUAUGAACAUAAGCUUUAUUAGAAGGCAAUUUGGCAGGCACAUCAUAUACUUUUAGAAAACAAAACAAAAACAGCGAACGCUUCCCCAAUAGGGCCUAUGACCUCAUCAGACACUUUUGAUUGAGUAUCUAAUACCAGACUUGAAUUCUUUGAAUUCUUUCCUGUGGAAUAGGCAUCAAGUCCACUCAAAAAGUGUUCAGGUACUAUGCUCCAGUAGGUUCAUCCUACCCAGUGAAUAUUAUUGUACCAGGUCCAUGGAUGAGUAAGACUGUUAAUGACAGUUCGCCCCCAGUAGCUUGUGUGACAUCCGGUGCUAUAAGGAGAGCCAGCAGAAAGGACGUUUUCAGCCUGGUGGGCAACCAACAGCAGUGUAUUGUUUUGAGGGAGCUACAGGGACCUUCGCAACAACACAUAGAAAGACACUUUAUACCUCACAGAUUUUCAUAUAAUCUAUGGCUUGUGUCUGGAGAGAUGGCCUUGCCUUUGAGAGCACUGGUUGCUCUUCCAGAGAACCUGGCCUUGUGUUCCAAACCUAUUGCUCCAGUUCCAGGGGAUCUGAUGCUCUCUUCUGGCCUCUGUGGGCACAUGCAGUACACAGCCAUACCUGCAGGCAAAACACUCCUACACAAAAAUCUAUGGCUUUUAGGAACAACUUUACCUUCAAAUUCCUUUGGAUUUUUAUAUUUUCGUUUAACUAUCAGGUUCUCAGAUUUCCUCGUGACUUUUUCAUACAUGGUUAGUUUUUACCUAGUUUCCCUACUCACCUUCUCCCCCUACCUUCCCUAUGUCAACCUUUCCUGUCCAGCCCCACUCUCUCUCACUUUAAAAAGUCUUUUCUGCUCUUUCUACUUUCCUGGUUUCUACACACUUUUAUUUUCAUAUAAAAAAUAUACACACAAAAGAAAAAAUGCAGUAUUUAUCUUUCUAAGCAUGUAUUAUCUCAAUAUUUUAGAAUUCUAUUUUCUGCAAAUAUCACUUUUUCUUACAACAAUAGAAUUCCUUAUGUCAAUGUAUGAUUUUUCACUUUCUAUUCAUCAUUUGAUUGGCAUCUAGAAUGGCUCCAUGCCUUUGUUAUUUUGACUAGAGCAAGCAAUGAGCUGCUGCUGGGCAUGUAUUGUUUAGUAGGAUAUCAAGUCCUUUGGGCAUAUGCUCAGGAGUGGUAGGUAGAGCUGGAUCAUGUAAAAGUUGUACAUUUUUACAGCUUUUUUCAUUUUUGAGAAACCUCAACAAUGAUUUCCAUAGAAGCUGUUCCAGUUUACACUCCACCAACAGUGUACACAUCCCGAGUGUACACACCCUUUCUUCAUAUCCUCACUGACAUCUGUCAUUUGUUUUCUAGGUGAUAACCAUUUUGACUGGGAUGAGACAGAAUUUCAAAGUAGUUCACUUAAGACGUGUGUGUGUGUGUGUGUGUGUGUGUGUGUGUGUGUGAAGUGCCUGCAGUGACCUAAAGAGGGCAUUUGAUCCCCUAGGUCUGGUGUUCAUGGGGGGUUGUAGGCUGGGUGACAUAGGUUCUGGGAACCAAACUGAAGUUCUGCAAGAGUAGCAAGUACUCUGAACCACAGAGCCAUCUCUCCAGGCCCCCUCAAUAUAGUUUAAUUUGCAUUUCCCUGAUAGCUAAAGACAACAAGCACAUUUUAAGACAUUUAUUAGCCAUUUGUAUUGAGAACCCUGUUCGGUUCCUUAGCCCAUUCUGGUUAGCUGAUUUUCUUCCUGUUUCAUAUUUUGCAUUAUUUGUAUGUUCUGUGUAUUAAUACUCUGUCAGAAGUAAAAGAUUUCCUCCCAUUCUGUAGGACAUCUGUCCAGUGAACAGUCUUGAUUGCUGUAUAGAAGCUUGUGGUUAAAUAAUUGUCAAUGCAUUUCAGUCGUUGGCUGUAUUUCCUGAGCGAUUACAGCCCUAUUCUGAAAGUUUCUACCUGUCUAUGUCUUGAAGUGGUCUCAUUACUCAUUGCUCUAGCAGUUUUUAGAGUAUCAGUUGUCUUCUAUUACCAUUGUUAAUAAACUUGGGGUUUAUUUUUUUAAGGGUGAGAGCUGAGAAUCCAUUUUUAUUCUUCUACAUGUAGAUGUCAGUUUUCCCAGCACCAUUUGUUUAAGGUGCUGGCUUUUCUCACAUGCAUAUUUAUGGUCAAAAAAAAAUCAGGCAGCUGAAGCUGCCCAGCCUUACACUUGGGACCUCUACUCUAUUCCACUGAUCUACAUACCUGUUUUAGUGUUAGUAUCAUGCUGUUUUUAUUACUAUUGCACUGUAGAAUGGCAUUAAAUGGUGCAUGGUGAUACAAUAUUCCUUUUGUUCGGGUUUUUUCCUAUUCUUGGUUUUGUUGUUGUUUGUCUUUUGGUUUUGGGGUGUGUGUGUGUGUGUGUGUGUUUGUGAUUACCGUGUGAAUUUUAAGGUUAUUUUUCUGUUUCUGUAAACAUUGGGUAUUUGAUGGGAAUUUCACAGAAUCUGUAGACCAGUUUUUCUAAGAUCUUUCCGAGUAAUUAUUCCAACCCACGAGCAUGGGAGGUCUUUCCAUCUUCUGGUGUCUUUAUCAGUUUCCUUCCUUAGUAUCUUAAAGUUGUCAAUAUAGAAGUCUUUAACUUCCUUGCUUAGGUUUAUUCCAAGGUACUUUUUGAGGCUACUGUGAAUGAGAUUGUUUUCCCUGAUUUCCUUUUCAAGUGUAUUUCUGGGCAAACAGGAAAACUACAGAUUUUUGUGUGCUCUUUUUAUAGCCUGCCACACUGAUGAAAAUAUUUACUAGCUCUAAGAAUUUAACUAGUGCUGUUUUAGGAAGUGUUGUGUAUAAAGUCAUAUCAUAUAGAAAUAAAGAUAUUAUG